AUGAUCCCCAUGGAAACGGAAACUGAUGCUGGUCUCGAUUGUUGUAUAGAUGUUGCAGGGACACGGGCCCUGAAUGGAGAUAUCCUUCGCGAGAUUUUUCACUUCGUCGCUGUUUCAGAGCCCGUAGUUGGACGGCUGGAACCGACGGGCCUGCGACGCCAGCGACUCGUCACUCCGCAUUCAUAUGGUUCUCCCGAGGUUAUCAAGAUCAAGCGCACCAACUGGAUGCGCCUAUCUCAGGUCUGCCGUUUCUGGCGGGCAGUGCUGCUCGAUAUGCCCGAGCUCUGGGCCGGUAUAGCGUUCACCUACCAGAACUUGAGGGCCUUCCCUACUUUGCUCUCUCGCGUCGGAGAUGGGCCCCUAGACAUCGAUCUUUCUCGGCGAGAUCCAAACCCUUCCUAUGACCCCGUCGACGACUCCACCAGGCUGAGUUCGCAGGAGGAGACCGCGUUGGAAUACCUCUUACGGGCACGUUCCCUCACACUCGGCUCCAGAGCAGACCCUGGGCUUCUAAGCCUACUGCCGUCCGGGAGCUGGGACUCGAUCCGCCACUUCGGGCUCCGCAUUGCUUACAGAGACGAAAGCCAUCCUUUCUUUGGAGGCCGAAUCGUGGAACCUGCGACCCCCGAGAACAGCGUAGCGCCUGAAAUCCAGGACCCUCCUCUUCGCAUCAACGCUCCGUCCCUCCGAUCCUUCUCGAUAGAGCUCGAGCGGCAUGGGGUCCUUCGCGAGCCUCGCCCAGCAAGGCUAUGCUGCUUCUAUCCCAAGCUCCAAUUCGUCUUUCCGGCUCUUCGUACGCUCAAAGUGUACAUUAUCGACGGCAGACCGUGGAACCCGCUCCGCGACUUCACUUGGCUCAUCGACCUCAUGCACGCCUCGCCGUUGUUAGAAAAUCUGUCGAUCUCACUCGAUCUCCGAUAUAUGCCAGACUGGAGCGCUGCAUUGCGCCACGCACAGCCUCCUACGCUGGCCCAUCUCAAGCACCUCACGAUUGAAGAAUGCGCCCUGACCACGUCAGCGCCGCUCGUGCAGUUCAUCUGCCCAAUCCCGCCGCCCUCCCUGAAGUUUUCAUUGGGAACAUAUCAAGGCAGACAACGUUCCUCUGGAAGGGGGGGUCUAAGAAACGAAUCACUCGCUCAUGAUUUCGGUAGUUUCCUCUGCCAGCCGACGCAUCAUGCACUCGCGAUCUCACUAGCACCGAGAAGCGAUGGAGGAGUCGCAGACGCGAUUUUUGCUUCUACUCCUACUCUCCAAGACCCUACCACCUUUUCGUCACCCUUCAUUGAGGAAACGAAUGUAGGAGAGCCUUCAAACGGAACGCUGCUCAACUUCGCGAGCGUGGAUCAAUCGGAUGGGGCCGGACAUGAGUGGGCCGAGACUCUCGGAGAGCAAAUCCCCAACGCGGUGAACAUCGAGCAGCUCUUUUUGCACCUCGCAACGCGCGACAUCCACAGCCGUCACCAGAGUGGGAUUGGGAUCAACGUCAGCACUCUUCGACUACAGAUACUGCGGCACAUCUUGAGACGCAUGACCUCUGUCCGGACACUUUACCUUGUUCAGCCCUUCACCACCGACACGACGGAGCCUAACACCUUGAACUUGCUGCGUCCGUCGGGCAACGGCGUCUUUCCCGAGCUGAACACGCUCAUCGUCGCCAUGCAUAUCGAGUGGGUAGGAAGUCCAGAUGAACUGCGUCAAAGCCUUGCACGGUGGUGGGAGGCCCUUGGCGAAAUGGUAUUGCUUCGCCGCGAAAACGGGAUGCAGAUUUGUACACUGCGCAUACUGGGUUACUGGGAGUCAAAGGAGUUACAAGAGCUCCUUCGGGACGCCGAUACACAGGGUCUGGAUAGGGCGAAGGCGUUGGUGGGGAGCGUGAGUGACGAGCGGAGUCUCUACGAGGGUACAAUCCGACUAUAG